CGUGUGCUGAUGCUGUUCCUGUCUUGGUACCUGUCUGUUCUGCAUUAAAUGUUCAACUCCCUGUAACUUCUUCUCAUCUCUGGUCCUUUCAAAGCCAUCAAAUACCAAUCUCCAAUGACCAUUUUUCUUCUGAACUGUACUAAUUAGUCAUUGACCCAUUAUGUUUCCAGAAAAUCCAGCUUCCCAUGUCAUGAUCUGCUCUAUUUCCAGGGUGUGGUGGUGAGCCAGACGACGGCUCCCACGAUGGCUCCUGCUGUGAUGAACACCACAUUCAUUGAGAAUGUGACGGCAACCACCAGAGUCAGUGAGACCACCACAGUCAGUGAGAGUGUGACCUUGACCACACCCAUGAUCCUCAGCACCACAUCUCCAGGCUGCUCUGCCCUCAACACCUCCACCUGUGAGACCUGUGUCCCAGGGUCCUACUCUGACAAUGACACCCUGCUGUGUUCCUGUUGCCAUGAGCCAGGGCUGUGUCUGUUCGCUGGGGCUUGCCUCCCAUGUUCGAGAGGGUUCUUUCAGCCUCUGGCUGGACAACAGCGAUGUCAGCCCUGCAGUCAGGGUUUUUACACCAAUUUUACCGGCAGCCUUAUGUGUCAGUCCUGCUCCCCAGGCUCCUACAGCAACAACACAGGCUCCGACUCCUGCCGAAGCUGUUCUCCAGGUUUCUAUACAUCACAACAAAAUGCCACAUCGUGCAGUCCAUGUCAACAGGGAACGUUCUGCAACUCCUCCAGUUGUGCUCUGUGUCAGAUCUGUCCUGCUGGUACAGAGUCUCUGCAGCCAGCUGCCAAGGAGUGCACACCUUGUCGUCCAGGUAUGCACAAGGCUCCCCGUCAGAGUAUGUGUCAAAUCUGCAGCAGCGGCUUUUUCCAGAUCCGCUGGGGCCAGGAGACCUGUAACCUCUGCCCUGAAAACCACUACUGCCCAAGUCCAGAUGUGAACCCCAUCCUGUGCCCCGGUGAUGCCUUCUGUCCUGAAGGCAGCACUGCUCCAGGUUACUGCAUGGAGACAUUCUUUCGCAAGGCAGGGGAGGAGUGUGAGCUGGCCCCCGUCACCAUUGCUCUACUUGUCAUCGGAGGAGGAGUGGCCCUACUCUUCGUCAUCCUGCUGGUGUUGCGUCGAAGGCGAGACACAGACGGAGAGCUUUCCCUCGUACGACAACCUCUGUUACGCAAAGAGCGGCCGCAAGGUCGAUACUACGGGAUCCCAUGUGAUGCCGAGCCAGUAUACGCUGGUUGGUGAGCAUGUCCUCAGCCCCAUCUGAUGCCUCCAAUUAUUGGGGUCAAAUGUCUGGCUUUCAGAGCAGAAUCAGCUGAAUUCUAUGUGCCUCAGCUUUGCACUAAUGGACCAUAAGAGAAAGCAAACUCACACCAAAUCCUAGCCAUGAUUUACUAUGUCCAUUUGAGUACUUUUGAUAACUCACCAGCUCUUUCAUGCGGUACGUCUUUUAGAUGUAUUCUUUUAUUUAUUUAACUAGGCAAGUCAGUUAAGAACAAAUUCUUAUUUUCAAUGACGGCCUAGGAACAGUAGGUUAACUGUCUUGUUCAGGGGAAGAACGACAGAUUUUUACCUUGUCAGCUCGGGGAUUCGAUCUUACUAGUCCAACGCUCUAACCACUAGGCUACCUGCUGCCGUCAUUCUUGACAAGCAGAAGUGUUUUUCUUCUGUAUUUUGUGCUUUAGUGAAGGCUGACCCUAUUACAUUUGUUAAAAAGAAAAACACUGUUCUUUAAAAGAAAAGUAUAUUUGUAUGUUUUAAAGAAAAACACUGACUCCAGUCCAGGGUAUAUUAUACUGGAAUAAAGCACAACUUUGCACUACUUAAGUGAAAUUCUGUUGUAUAAUUACUAGCCUAUAAAAUAAGAUGCAGGCUGAAGUUAUUUCCAUGAUGCAAGUUUAUUAACACAAUGUCUGUAAAACACCAAACGGAUGUUUCAUGAGGUGUGCGAGCAAGAAAACUAACUUUUUACAGGAUCGCGUACUGAUUGUCCUAAUGUGGUACACCGUAAUAGUUCAUUGCGUAACAAAAAAAGAUGGGGGGCCACCAUGUCAAGGAACGUCUCUGGUAUGUAAUGCUUUGCCACAUUAUUCAGAUAAUAGCUACCUGUGAUCAAUUCAAUGUUUUCUGUAAACUCUAUUGCUCUGUUUUACAAUCAUAAUAGCUAAUCUCUUGCCUAACAAGGCAACUUUCGUGGCUAUGAUUACCACAUUCUAAGGUUAUCAAAUGCCAGCUCAUACAUACUCUAGUCAGAUUAAUCGGUAGUUAUACACUGAGUAUACAAUACAGAAUGUUGAGUAAAAUUAAUUUAAACGUA